UCUUAGUUGAACGCCUCUUUACUGUUUCUUUCUUUACCCAGAAAAAAAAAAAGAAAGAAAAAAAAAAGCAAAAUGCGAAGAAGAUUUCUAGAAUGUUGACGAAGGCGCUUCGGAUUCUGAAACCCAGGUCUAUCCUGGGAAGUUUUCUCCACCGUCGAUCGGUUACUUCAUCGGUUUACUUCUCUACUCCGUCGCCGACUUUGUCUCCCGGAGCUAUUUCCCGUACGACGGCUGAGAUUGACACCGAUGAAGCUAUUGCGUACUCGGACCCAACUGAUUCGCCGACUGCGAUUCCGGCGAUUAUGCCUGGUAGCCUCCAGCCACGUGUCGUUGUGUACGACGGAGUCUGUCAUCUUUGCCAUGGAGGUGUGAAGUGGAUAAUCAAAGCUGAUAAGUACAGGAAGAUCAAGUUCUGUUGCCUUCAGUCUAAAGCAGCUGAGCCUUAUCUAGAAGUGAGUGGUGUCACUAGAGAGGAUGUUCAGAAGCGUUUUCUCUUCAUUGAAGGUCUCGGGUAUUACCAUCAGGCAUCUACCGGUAUGUAAAUCUUCUUUUACCACAAAAUGCUUUCAAGUUUCAGAGUUAAGAGUUUGGUAAGUUUCAGCUGAAAACAUCUGCACUGAGAAGUAGGUCUUUCUAAGUUACCAAGAGAUGAACUUCGCCUAGUUUGAGUUUGCCCGACUGGUUUUAUGGAUUCCAUAUGAUAUUAGUUUUGAGCUAUUGAAUGUAUACUUAUUAGUAAACGAUUGAGCGAUUUGCUUUUGGAUGUAUACUCAUUAUCAUAGUUCAUAUCUCAGUAACCAAAUCAUGGAUUUGACCUUCUCGAUUUUGCAUCU